GUAUGAUUUCGUAGAUAAUUUUUUUGGUUUGGGAAUGCUCUAAACUUUUUCCCAUAUAAAGUAAUGGUAAUUGGUCGCUUUACGCCAUUUCGGAUUACAAAAGGUGUCAUAGGAAUGUUGUACUUUUGGAUAGUGGGGGAAGCCUUUACUACAUGCUGAUACGUGAUUAUUAAGUGGAUUAUUGCUGACUUCUCAUUUGCCCUUAUUUGAUGUGGUCUAUAGGGAAUUACCUAUAUGUCGAGAGCUCCUCUCCAAGCAGAGUAGGGGAUGUGGCCCAGCUGAAGUCCCCUCUGCUGCCACCUGCUGGCCCCCAAGGCUACUGCAUCACUUUCUGGUACCACAUGUUUGGUGCCACAGUUGGAAGCCUAAGGUUAUACCUGCAAGAAUCUCAGCCCCAACAGAGGACACUGAUGUGGAAGAGGCAGGGCAUGCAAAGCGACAUGUGGCAGAUGACCCAGAGUCAUGUGACCCUGCAGGAGGUCCAUCAGGUGGUGCUGGAGGCGUCUGUAGGUGGUUGGGCGGGAGACGUUGCUCUGGAUGACAUCACUCUUACCCCUGGAGCUUGCCGUCACUCCGGACCCCCAGACCUGUGUGACUUUGAGGACAGUGACUGUGACUGGACCUCGGAGAGCUGGGUGCGGCGUUCUGGUGGUGGUCCCAGUAGGGAGCCAGGAUCCGAUCACACCACCGACACGCCCCAUGGACAUUACUUUUACCUGGGCUCCUCAAGCUCCCAGCCCCCCGGUCACAUGGCCUCACUGGUCUCCCCAGAAUUCGCUGCGGGAACAGGUGACUGUCUACAGGUCUGGUACCACAUGGAUGGGGACAGCAUAAGUACCCUAAACGUGUAUCAGCAGAGCGAGGAUGGCGGACGCAAACUUGAUUUUUCAAAGACUGGCAGCCAGGGGGAGCUGUGGAGGCUUGGCAAUGUCAGGCUGGAUCCUAUGGAGGGGUCUGCAUUCCGGAUUGUGGUAGAGGGUGUCCGGGGGACAGGAGUAUCUGGGGGCGUCGCCAUUGACGACGUGCUGCUGUCUAAUGGAGCCUGCCCACCCCCUGGAGUCUGCGACUUCCAGGGCAGUCUGUGUGGGUGGACCAACGUUGAGGCAGGCGACCAAGCCGAUUGGCUACGCGGGCGAGGGAGCUCCCCUCUUCCCAGCACGGGGCCCCGCGUGGACCACACCAUGGGCUCCAGCCAAGGCUACUACGUGUAUGUGGACAGCGCGGUGGGACAGAAGGGUGACAAGGCCAUGUUGUACAGCGAGGUCUUCCAACCAACCCAGGGAGACGGCUGCUUGAGCUUCUGGUACCACAGGCAUGGUCAGAACAUCGGCAACCUCAGCCUCUACAGCAGCACCAGCACUCUCGACAAACCCAGGAACCCCUUUGGCGAUGACGAGAAGGACCUGCUGCUGUGGACAGAGGCCACCAGCCAAGGGGACACCUGGAUAGAGGCCACUGUGGCGAUCAGCAACAUGGAGCCAUUUUGGUUUGUUUUUGUAUACGAGAGAGGGGAGGGCGGGCCGGGACACCUGGCUCUGGAUGACAUCCAGCUCAUCAAAGGAAGAUUCUCCAGCAUCAAUUCCUCCCUGUCUUCUCCAGCUGCAGUUUACGUCGGCGUGGGUUUGGGUCUCGUGCUUUCUGUUGCACUUGGGGUCAUCGCUAGCGUGGUCUUACUGCAGAGGAGUUUGUCCACCAUGAUACCCAGUGCGGGAGACCGUGACGUGGACAACAUCAUCUUCCACAUGCAUGACUGCAAACUAGAUGAACUGGAGACCACAGGUUCCUCUGAGAAGCUGACAAAUACGUCCCCCGCUGUUGACAUGGACACCGAAACAUCAUCAUCGGAAGCCUAGCAGGAAAAAACGAUCAACACUGAUGACUUUUUUAAAGCUAGAUAAAAGUCUGCUGAUAUGAAUGGGACCCUCCAAGCAUGACCUCGGAUAUCUGGCAGAAAGAUUUCCAGGUCAAAGCAUUUUUUCUUGCAAGAUCCCU